GGCGCCGGGCGGAGGGAGGGCGGGAGAAGUGCGCGGCCGGACAGCGGAGACCCGGAGCCCGAGCGAGUGAUCGAGACGCAGCGACCGCCAUGUCCGCUCCCCUGAAAGGGAUCCUGAAGAGCAGCCGGACGGCGCAGGGCCGGCACGACUCGGUACUGGAGCUGGCGGCCGAGGAAGACGAGGACGAGGAGUACAAUAAAAAGUCCCAGAAAUGGGAUGAAAUGAACAUUCUUGCUACUUAUCACCCGGAAGGAAAGGACUAUGGUCUAAUGAAAAUUGAUGAGCCCAGUACACCGUACAACAGGAUAAUAGGUGAUGAUGAUGAUGACGAAACUGCAAUGAGUGACUCAGAAACAAACAUCAACAUUACUGCAGAAAUACUAGCAAAAAACAAUAAAGACACUCGCAGCUGGCCAAACAAGUUCUGCAACAGCACCUCCCAAGCCAGUGACCCUGUAACCGAGGGUAAAGGCACGACCGACCAGCUACCUGCAGCUUCUUCCUCCAGGCUGACAGCAGCUGAGGGGAUUAAUCCCAAGAUCUUUGAGCCAAAGGAAGAAAGCAGUGAAGAUGAGGAAGAAUUAUCACCAGAGGAACAAGAAAACAAGAAACAGUUUGAAAUGAAGAGGAAAAUGCAUUACAAUGAAGGCAUGAAUAUCAAAUUAGCAAGACAGUUAAUAGCCAAGGAACUUGAAAAUGCUGAGGAGGAGGAUGAUGGCUUGAAAGAAUCUCGAGAUUUGGAGGACUUUGAAGAUGAUACUGAUGAAGAGCUUUCUGAAGAUCCAAGUUCAUAGAACAAAGUCAUUCUUGAAAUCUGGCACAAACAUAUAUCAGCUAGCAGCAUUAACCACCAAUAGGUUUUAACGUUGAAAGGCUCUGGUGUUUCAUGGACAAUUGAUCUUAAAUUCAGAGAAGUGAGGUUUCACCUGUGCAGUCAGAAUUUUACAAUCUGUGUAUUUCUACAGUAAUGUAAAUAAAAUCUCUUUGAGAGGUGGGCAGGAGGUUCCUGUCUGCUGUGUAUUCUUUCUUGCGCUGGAACUAGAUCGCUGAAGAAACUUUCUGGAAAUUGCAGCACCAGUGAAUUUAUUGCUUCCUGCGUAAAUCAACAACUUCCAGCUGCCGACGUUGAUCAGCUGGAGAUGCUUCCAUACUUGUGUGCUAUUGUGCAGAUGCCUUUCACCUCCUGUUGACACGUUGGCAUGCUUUAAUUUUCUUUUGCUGUCUCUUAUAACAUCACUCACCACGUCUGGUUCACAAUCUCUGUUUGAUUUGUCAGUGAAGCUUGUCAUUUUCUAAGUAUUCAAAGUGAAAGUCUUGACUGGGAGGUUAUAUUUAUUGUAGAGUUUUAAUGCUGCUGAUGGAGUGAGUCAACAAUUUGUAGUGCAUGUUAACAAAGUACCGUGGCCCCAGUUUGAAGGAAGUGUAAAGUAUUUGUAAUCGUGCCAGCAUUUACAAGAACACAUCUGUACUUCAUUGUGGGCCAGUCAGUAAAAAACAGUCCCAGCGAUGUUGUAUGAUCUUUUCUUGUGGUAUACAUUUUUUGCAUCAGGGAAUGGGAGGUAAUAUCUAAAUGUUUAUUUUCUAAAUGAUGGUAUUGUUCUCAGUGAAGGGGUACAUGUCUCCAUAAAUUUGGAUUUAAGAAGCCCAAUUGUAUUAGCUGGUCGAUUUGAGUGGCACAUGGUUAAAAAUUCCAUUGCAAUCAGAUUGAGAAGCAAGUCAUUGCUAUAAUUGAAAGAAGAUGGUAAAUGUUUUAAUUUCAUACUUCAUAGUUCAGUCAUAGAUGGAGUGUAUAACUGAAUUGAUUUUUCUUUCAACAUUUAUGCACACCUAUUAGUAAAUAUAAUGUUCAGCAAAGAAGUGGUUGUGCAUUCCUCACAAGUAUCAUUUUUGUUUACUUUCCUUUAUUUCAGCAUGACAACAUUUAUUUUCAUGGCCUUUGUCGUGCUAACUUAAAUAUAUGAACACUGUUCCUGUUAUUUGAAUGGUGACACAAAAUAAAAAGUGCACAGUCAAUUUGUGUAGAUGGACUGAU